AACAAGUGCUCCGGUGACUUCGGAAUGUAAACUGCUACUUAGCCAGUUAACAAGAUUCAGUACAACCAGAGCCCGUUCUCUGGUACAACUCUUUGCCUGCUCAGGCGCGCUAUUGAUUUUUUGUCGGCGGCGUUAACGUUACCUCUGAAAUUAUUUAAACACAAUAAGACUAUCAGUAAAAUUGCGUAAUGGCUCAUUACCAGUACAUUUAUGGUCGCGUCUUCAUCAUAAGUGGCAUCAGUAGCAAGUGCUAACUAGGCAGGCUAGCUAAUGUUAUCUGUCGUAUUUCCCUACUGUCUAUGGUAUUUUCUGCCACUGUGGCAAGGGACCAUUGAACGUGGCUAGGUAGGUAGGCGAUGUUAGCAAACAACGAGUUAAAGAGGAUGGGUUUCCGUGUUUGUGGACGGUAUCAUUUUUAAAAACGAAUAUACAUAUUUAGCACACAUUUGGAUAUACACUGAUUUCGAAUGUUGUUUGCAUAAUUUAUCCAAAUAACGUUACAAUAUUGUUGACACGGUUUUCCUGAUUGGAGUGCUAACGAGAGCAAGUUGUGAUAACGUUAACGUUAGUUUGCACACGAAGCUAGGUUAACGAUAGCUUCUAGCUAGGUAGCGCCCGGUCCAGAGAUCAUAACAAACCUGGAUGAACUUGCUAGUUUACGUUGAUUGAUAUUGACUGCCCUGUUAAUGUGAUAUAUUCUUUUUACGCUACUUGUCAGGAUCAUUCCAGGGUCAUAUUGCUCUUUUAAUUUGAAUUUAUCUUUACAGUUCACUUAUAAUUAUCCUAGCUGGUAACAGGUAACGAUUAACAUUAGUAUAACUUUGGCACUGCUGUUUGGAUUAGCUUUGGUAACGUUAACGUUAAAUUACUAAACGCAAUAUGGAUGACUUCAGCUCAAUCAGCCUGCUAUCAUUGGCAAUGUUAGUGGGGUGUUAUGUUGCCGGAACUAUUCCUUUGGCUGUGAAUUUUUCUGAGGAAAAAUUGAAGCUAGUGACAGUCCUGGGAGCAGGACUGUUAUGUGGAACUGCACUUGCUGUCAUCAUCCCAGAGGGAGUCCACGCACUAUACGAAGAAGUUCUGGAGGCUGGGCAUCAUGGACAUGCGGAACUAGAGUCAGGGGUGUCAGAGCCCAAGGUGGCAGCGGAACCAGUUGCAGGUUCUCACAGUGAACAUGGGCAUGAACACCUUCAUGCCUACAUUGGAGUCUCCCUGGUCCUGGGCUUUGUCUUUAUGCUGCUGGUGGACCAGAUUGGUUCCUCGCACAUGCAUAGCAGUGAUGAUCCUGAAUCGGCGAGAGUAGCUAGCUCAAAAAUCACCACAACCCUGGGUCUUGUAGUCCAUGCUGCAGCUGAUGGUGUAGCUCUGGGUGCUGCUGCCUCCACAUCUCAGACCAGUGUUCAGCUCAUUGUGUUUGUGGCCAUCAUGCUGCACAAGGCUCCAGCUGCGUUUGGCCUGGUCUCCUUCCUGAUGCACGCAGGCCUAGAAAGGAAUCGCAUUCGCAAGCACCUGCUGGUGUUUGCCUUGGCAGCACCGGCCCUGUCCAUGCUCACGUUUCUGGGCCUCAGCCAGAGCAGUAAGGAGGCCUUGUCAGAUGUUAAUGCCACUGGUGUAGCCAUGCUCUUCUCCGCUGGAACCUUCCUCUAUGUGGCCACUGUGCACGUCCUGCCAGAGGUGGGUGGCACUGGCCACAGCCACGGGCCCAGUGCGGGCAACAACGGGAAGGGACUGAGUAAAGUGGAGGUCGGUGCCCUGGUGCUCGGAUGCCUCAUUCCCUUGGUGCUGUCCAUUGGACAUCAGCACUAGAUGGGGCUGUCGGAAAAGCCAGGCAGCGGACGGACAGAUGGAUUGGUGGAUGGAUGAAUGGAUGGAUGGAUGGAUGUAAUGGUGUGGAGAAGAGGAGAAGAAAAAGACUGAGUUUUAGUGUUUCAGGCCAUACACACUUCUCAUGUUGCCAUUUCUGGGCCCCAUGAAUGGCUAAGAUGGUGUUCCUGGAAUCAGGUCACUGUACCGGAACCGAGUAAAGGUGACCGACAGCAUGGGAAGGGCUGGAGGGAGAGGGACUGAGGUUCCAAUCACGGUACUGACCCACCUGGGUACCCACCAGAUACCACGAUGUCGACCUUCCCUCCGAAGAGCUCCUCCCUCCCGUACAUGACAUGUGAACAUGCUGUGUGGUGGAAUGCUGACGUGUUCCAUUUCAUCUUUCUUUCUUAGGCCUUUUCCCCCCUGUGUAAACGGGGCUUUGUAGUUGGACUUUGUAAAGUAUGUCAUUGGGUAUUUGGAAAUGUUGCAUCAGAGAUAAGUCAACGAACUCGACAAGUCAAGUGUUAAAACGGAAGGGCACUGAGCAAUCAAGGAGCCAAUGUGGGUCCAAGUGUCGCAUCAUGUUUGCAUUAUUGAACUAUCUCACGUCUUGCUUUUAACAUUUUAAGCUUUUUCUUUUGCCUUGCACCUUCAUUCAUUUUAGUCACUGGAUCAAACAUUACAAAAUAAACAAGUGCAGGGAUCCCAAGGAAUUUGGUUGAUUUCACAGUAAUAAUGUCUAAACCUAGACAGAUUAUUGUCUUGGUGUGUGAAUGGGCUGUUCACAUGGUCUGACAGUCUUAACCUUCAGUUAGCAUUUGAAGUGCUUAACUACCCCACAUUGUAGAUGUAUGUAGCAACCAGUCUGUUGAGAAAUUACACAACAGACACCUAAGACCACAUUUGGCACACAGAAUAGUUACAUAUAAAUUGGGAAUUUCUCAUGCAUCUGUUGUAAGUACCGUCUCGAGCAUUAAAGAUUGGCCCAAAAACACACAUUAAUAUUUAAAUACAAUUUGAUUUAAACUAAAACAAAGACCAGUGUGCUAAUGUAAGAUGGAAGAUUCAAUGCAGAGAUUAUGCCUGGUGAUGUUCUCCAAGCAAACUGUCAUAUCUAUUGUCUGAUAAUACCCUCUCUGAAAGGCCUCUCCAGUUUCAUUGUAGAUCACUUUGGCAGAUAUGGUUGUUCUCAUUAAAGUUAAAUUUGCUCACAUUGAGUGGCUGACAAAUGAUGUGCUCAGCACCACCCGGCUGAAGUAGACUAGUAGAUCAACCGACCUACUGUGUCUGUAAUCUGUUCAUAGACACUUCUCAACAUGUUUUAUAUGUGUUCAGAACCUCUACAAACAACACAAAAAUCAGACUAUAUCCACAAGUGACUGCCAUUACCCACAGACUUGCACCCUGUUUCCCAGAGCUUAUUUCAGUUUUCCUCAUCUGUCCUAAAGCUGCUGUAAGCUAUGUUAGCUGUUCUUGCUAACAUAGGCCAGACAGACCAGAUCUCCCUACCAUGUGCUGAGCACACUCAAAAAAACAAGCAGGCAGGAAUACCCAUCCAGACAAGUUUUCCGGUUAUUUAAUACAUUUUAAUUGUUCUGAUUAUUGCUUUCUUUUUUUCUCUUCUCAGAGUAUCCAUUUUAAUGAUGGCCAUCAUGUGAAGAUGGCUUGUAUGUUGUUUAACAACUUUCAGGUGAACCAUAUAAUAUGUAUUUGUCAAAUGGAAGGUAGGCAAAGUUCUCCUUCGCUCACUGGUUUGGUUCUAUGUGUCUGCAGACCUCUGAGUACAGCAAGGGCAAAGCAGUUGUAUAUAUGUAAUAUCUUAUACUGUACAAACAAGCGGUGUGUUUUAUUCACGAGACCAGGUGCUCACCAUUGGAGACCAGAACCACUCACACUCUUAUUCUUAGAUGGUGAGGAAGAGAAAAAAAAAUGAAGUGCUAUAUCUUAAAUUGUGUGUAACAUUUUGUCAGUCACAGACAUAACCAAUGUGUUACGUUUUCUUUCUGAGGUGUGAAUAGUGGUGUAAUCCACUUCUAAACAAAACUCACUGUGUAUCCACAAAGACACACCGACAAAUUGGGCUUUCAGGUGAGGGUGUGCCUAUUGAGUGUACUGAGGGUGUGCGAAUUGGACACUGAUGUUGUAAAGGAUACCGAAUGGGUUAUUCCCACAACACUGCAACCAUACAGUAUGUUUUGGAGUUGUCCUCUGGACAGCCUUGGCUAUGUAGCCCCACCGCCUGGCUCUUGGAGGGAACAGCACAGCCUCUGUAAUGACUGUAGAGGGAGGGAAUCACUCACCUGUAUGUAGAAUUGGGGUCAGGAAAAAGGUGAUGGGAUCACAAAUCAGCUGAGUGCUUUGUGUAUACCAUACCUGUAGAUAAUCUAUAUUUUCAAAAGUUUUUUUUUUUUUAAAGAAAAAUAAGUGGUGUGUUUUAAAGGGAAUUGCCCUCAUUUGGUGACUGAAUGAUGGUGGUGAGGAACAGGUUUGGCUUACUGUCAAGCCAACAGCGUUAUGUGAUCAUUCCACAGGGAGUCUGCCUUAUUUCUUUAUCUUGAUUGUGCAACUUCAGCUGAAAAACUAUGUGUUAAUGAUAAUGAAUAAAGUUUUUUAAGGUUCUGUAAGGAA